CCCAUUAAGGUGAAGGAAGCUUUUCUUUUCUACAUCAUCUAGAAGUCUCUCCUGAAACCAGAAACCUGAUGGAAGAAAAUCCUGAAAAACAACUGAAUGACCAGCAACUGGACUGUUUGUUACCAGCAGGAACCAGAAUCUCUGAAGCAGGCCGAGGAUAACCCACGUUGGCAGAAACAGGAUUUGAACUGCAACUAUGUGUUUUUUCUAGGAAGCCAUGGCAUGUACUGCAGAAGAUGAAGUUAACUAUCAGAUGAUGCAUCUCUCAGGGCUUUGCUGGAUUUUUACCAUCCUGUUCCUGUUGAUAGUUUUUAGGCUCCUCAAGUUAAUUUAAAAGAAAAUGACAAUAUUAAUAACAGUCUUGAAUUUUGACUAGUUUCUGAACUAAAGGAGGAUGAAGGAGAAGUGAUUUACCUUAAUUUACCUUAUCUAAGCUGCACUUCAGCUAAUCUGAAGCUAGUAUUAUUUGAAGCAAAGGGUUAGCUUGUUUUACUUUGUUUAUCUUAGCUCACCUCAUGUUGUUGGUUUGUGCCAUGGUGCGUUUCCAAUGCAAUGCAGGAACCAGAACUAAAUCAGACACAAGCAGUCAGUAAUCCACCCUGAAAGUGGCCCAAAAGGGAGGCAGGACUUUUUGGAAGGAACCUGAACAACAGGUGGAGCUUCCUGGUGGGAGGAGCCUAAACAUUUCUGACGGGCUGAAUAUCCCCAUCGUUUUAUUCAGUCAUAUUCUGUUCUCCAAGUCAUAUUUUCUCUUUAGUUCUGUGCUUCUGUUGGCAAACAUUAAGACCCAGAAACCCAGUCUGGACAGCUCAGCGUUUUACAGUUUGCAUUCAAAUACAAGUAGAAAUAUUGAACUGAAGGGGGCGCUGGCUUCUACUUUGCAGAGAUCCACUCUGAUCCAGGCCUUUUUAAGAGAUUUUAACAGUAAACAUCUAUUCAACCUUUAUGUUCUGAAACACGGAUUAAAGCUGUCACAACAGGCUGCGGGGUUCUGUCACAAGUUAGGGUCACACCUUGGAGUAUUACAAAGUUCCAGUGAGCUAGAAGUUAGUUUAUGUGGUUUUAGAGAACAUUUAAAGUCCACUCUACCCAAACAUUUCCACGCAGUUUGGAGUGAGUCUGUAGUUUUGAAACCAUAACCACCGUGAAACGGUCUCAGUUUGUAUUAGUCUGAUUUCAUUGUUUUUAAUUAUAUUCUUGACUCAGCUGUUGGUGGAGAUUACUCCAACCACAGAUGGACCUGCUCAGCUUUAGGAGACAUCAUCUACAUAAAUAGCCUGAGUUUCAGAUCUUACAAUGGAAACACACAAAUAACUUAUCUUGGCAUUAAUGUACGCACCAGUCUGACCUUUAGGCCUUUAGACACUUUUGUUCUUCUUUUGUCCUCCACUUGUUGGAUUAGUCCAAAGAUGUAGGAAAACAUUCUGAGAUGGUACCAUUUUUCUAGUUGAACUUGGUUAAAACUGAAGGAAAGGCAGUGAUGGAGAAGGAAGACCUUGAGAAACCUGGAUAACUACUGAUCAAAACUACUUUAAAGAAUGCAGGGAAGUCUUGAAAGGGCCACUCCAGGUGAACCAGGAGCAUCAUGGGAGCCUCCUCCUCUUCCUCUCUGGUUGAGGAUGCUGAUGGCGACGCUACACCCCGAGGAGCAGCUCUCCUUCCGUCCCCCAUCAUGGGAUGUCUGAGGAGCAGCCAAAGCAGCUUCAUCCCACGGCAGCUUCCCAGAGCAGGCCGGCACAGAGAGCGCAGUUUCUCCUCUGGUUCGGUGCCUAUGCAGAAGACCAAGUGGGCCUGUGGCUGCUGUACUUUCCUCAAUUCAGCUAGUGCCCCCCGCUGUUCCAUCUGUGAAGCUCCUCGGCGAGGAUCUGACACCCGCUGCUUGUGGCCCGGGACUGACAGAGGGGGUGCUGGGUGGUCCUGUCCUCGCUGCACGCUGACCAACUCUCCCAGCAGACUGGCCUGCUCUCUGUGUGGUUACAGUGGGCCUUUGAAUCUGGCUCAGGACUCAACCGGACCCCAGCUCCGACCACAGCGCUCCAGCAGCUGCUCUGGACCCUUGAGGUCUUCAUCAACCGAGCAAAGCUGGAAACUGUCAGGAGGAGCAGGUGAAAGCAGCCAGUCCUGGGAUUGUUUGAGGUGCACUCUGCAGAACACGCCUGCCUCUGUGUCCUGCUCUGCCUGUGGUGGACCACGAAAGCUGUCUCUGCCUCAGAUCCCAGCUGAGGCGCUGGUAGUGCCUGAAUUGUGCCAGGACGCAGCAGCACAACAGCCUGAAGCUGCAGCAGGGUUGGUUUCUCUCUCCAUUUCAACCCAAGGGGAGAGGUUAGCGGUGGAAGCUUCACAUUCGAACCCAGACUCUGCAGCACUCAAUCCAGGGCACAGUAAUCCACUUCCCUGUAGCCGCAGAGAGGUGCCGCCUCCAGAUGUUCACCUCCAUCAGACACAGAACCCGUUAUCCUCUCCUUCAACCCUCAACGUUCCACAUCUUCCCUCCCAGUCCGAGCUGCUGAUCAGCAGGAGGCUCAGUGUUCUGAAGGAGGAAAUGUCCCCGCUGUCUCCUGCAUCGGUCGCCGCGUUUCCAGCUGUCACUUUCCAUCACUCCAACACUGAGGAGUGGUCGUGUUGCAUGUGCACGCUCAAUAACCAGGUGAAAGCCAAGCAGUGCCAGGCCUGUCGCACUCCACAGCCACACGCCGCUCAUCAGAAGACAGCAACAACGUUGCAGAGGAGGAAGGAGAGCAUCCUGGUGGAAGAGCUACGGCAGAGCGAUGAAGAAGAGGCCAGAGAGCAGUGGGAGAACGUGGUCAGCUUCUGCAGAGAGAACUCGGUCACAUUUGUGGAUGACGGCUUCCCUCCUGGUCCGAAGUCUUUGGGCUUCCCGAUGGACGACAGCGUCCAGAAGCGGGUCAGGAAGUGGCUCCGCCCCCAUGAGAUCUGCUGCAAUAACGUCAGAGAUAGGGGGGUUAAGUGGUCGGUUUUCCGAACGCUGCGGCCGUCGGACAUCUUGCAAGGACUUCUGGGAAACUGCUGGUUCCUGAGCGCCCUGACGGUUCUGGCUGAACGUCCUGACCUGGUAGAGAAGGUGAUGGUGACCCGAUCAAUGUGUCCCGAGGGAGCCUACCAGGUUCGCCUCUGCAAGAACGGGUCGUGGACCAUGGUGUUGGUGGACGACAUGCUGCCGUGCGACGAGAAUGGACACCUGCUCUUCUCUCAGGCUCAGAGGAAGCAGCUCUGGGUCGCUCUGAUUGAGAAAGCUCUGGCAAAGCUCCACGGAUCUUACUUUGCUCUGCAGGCGGGCCGAGCCAUCGAGGGACUGUCCACCCUGACAGGCGCCCCCUGCGAGUCGCUGGCCCUCCAGGUCAGCACCACCAACCCAAAGGAAGAGCUCAUCGAUACAGACCUCAUCUGGGCCAAAAUGCUAAGCUCUAAAGAGGCGGGAUUCCUGAUGGGAGCGUCCUGCGGAGGAGGGAACAUGAAGGUGGACGACCUGGAGUACGAGUCCUUGGGUUUACGUCCUCGACACGCCUACUCUGUCCUGGAUGUGAGGGACGUGGACGGCCACAGACUGGUACAGAUCAGGAACCCGUGGGGCCGGUUCUCUUGGACCGGAGCAUGGGCGGAUGACUGGCCAAAGUGGCCUCCACACCUGAAGAGGGAGCUGUGUGCACAGCGAGCGCAGAACGGCCUCUUCUGGAUGGACUUCUGGGAUUUCAUCAGGUACUUUGACUCUGUGGAUAUCUGUAAGAUUCACCCCGACUGGCAGGAGGUCCGUAUUCCAGGAGUUUUCCCCCCAGGAUCCGACGUUCCCGUGACGGUGGUGUCGAUGACGGUUCUGGAGAGAACGGCUGUGGAGAUGGUUCUGUUCCAGCGGGGCAGUAGGCGCUGGGACAUAGCAGAAAGCCACCUGUUGGACUUGUGUGUGCUUCUGUUCCGGGUCGCCUACGACAGCUCCGGGUCGCUGACCCUAGGCCGACUGCUGGCCCACAGCCGCCGCUCCGUCAGGAGGUUUGUCGGCUGCGACGUCAUGCUGGAACCGGGCGAGUACGCCGUGUGCUGCUGCGCCUUCAACCACUGGAACAGCUCAGCUGCGGAAGAUGCAGUGGUUUCCGGUGGACCCGAAGCAGCGGGCUACAUCCUGGCGGUCUACAGCUCCAGACAGGUGAUGGUGGAGCAGGUAACGGCCGCCAGUGCCACCAUCGCUGACGCCAUCAUCCAGCUGGCUGAGACCAAAGGAGAGCGACAUGAGGGUCGGGAGGGGAUGACCUGCUACUACCUGACGCACGGGUGGGCGGGGCUUAUUGUCAUGGUGGAAAACCGACACCCAAGGCAUCACCUGCACGUGUCCUGCGACUGCAGCGACAGCUUCAACGUGGUGUCGACGCGCAGCAGCCUGAAGACUGUCGACAGCGUUCCUCCUCUGCACAGACAGGUGCUGGUGGUUCUGUCCCAGCUGGAGGGAAACGCUGGAUUCUCCAUCACACACAGACUGGCCCACCGGAAGGCUGUCCAGGCAUCUCUGGGGAACUGGAGUCCCUCCAAGGCAGCCCACAGUCCGGCUCUGAGUCCAGAGACGGCGGGUCUGCACCGGCCGAGACCGCUCUGAGAACCUGUUAAAGGAACCGGGUUCUGGUAGAACACAGGGUUAGUAUGGUUUUAGGUACUGGGCGUGUUUAGGAACCCAGAUAUUUCUCAGAGUCAGAGCUGCUCAGAACCUGAGUUUAAAUCUGGAAACAGAAGAAUUAUUUAGCUUGGAUGAUGAAGAUUUAAAAGCAGAACUUUCUGUAUCCCACAAAAAUGUGAAACAUCUGAAGAUCCAGAACAAAUGUCUGGUUUCCUCUCAGGACUGCAUGACUGUAAAUGUGAAUUCACCCAUGAAUGAUUUAUUGUUCCUUUUCUAAGCAUCAGAAAUAUUUAGGGCUUGCUAUUUCAUAUAUAUUAUAUAGAAAAAUAAUCAUUUAAAUAUUAAAACAAC